AUGUUCAAACAUAAAUCAGCUUCAUUUCAUGAUGCAAGUAUCGAUACUCAAUUGAAAUUUAAACCUCCAAAACCAGAAUUAAUAUCUAAUUCAACUAAAAGAAAUUCUGAAGUGCUAUCUCAUGUAAAUAAUAUAAUCUCUAUGAUAGCCUCCAGAAUUAUUAGCCAAACUAUAUUAAACAAAUAGACUUUUAGAAUAAAAUAUAAUAAAGUUAAAUGAAACUUAAUAAAAAUUGGCUUAGAAAGAAGAGGAAAUAUUAGAUUUGAAAUAAAAACUUAGAUGCUCAACAAAGGAUUUAAACGAAAAGAAUGAAAAAAUUGCAUAAUUAACAGAAUAAUUAAAAGGAUUCAAAACAGAUAUGAGAAAAACUACAUCUGAUAGAGGUAAUUAAGAAUUACAAUAAAAAUUGCAUCAUGUCUCUUAACAUAAUGAAGCCUUAUUUUAAGAUUAUCAAUCGGUGCUUUUGCAGAAUUAAAAUUAUUAAUAGUAAAUCAUUGAACUUUAAGACUAAUUGAAUUCAAUAUCUUAUAGAUUAAGAGAGUCAGAAUAAGCAAUAUAAUUAAUUAAAGAAACAGAAACAAAAGUUAAUUAUCUUGAAUUGGAUGUUGAUAGACUAGAAGAAAAAUAAAAGAAGUCCUUACCUGGAUUGAUGAAAUAGAAUCAAUAAUUGAAAGUCUAAUAUGAAACAAACAUAUAACUUCUUAAUUGUGGUGUAGAUUACAUAGCCACUUAAUUCUAAAAGUCAAUUACAACUUUAACUAAGCAACUUUAAAUGGUUUCAAAAUUUUCAAAAAGAAAUGUAGUUUUAUCAGAAACUUAAUUAAAUUUUUAUGGAUUGAAUACAUUAGCACAAUAAACAAAUUCAAAAAGAGUAUAAUAAAUACUGUAAAAGAUGAAUAUAAGUGAAACACUUUAAAGUUGGUUAGAAGGUAUUGUUACAUUUCUAAUGAUAAAUUGUCAGGAAAUAUUAUAAAAAGAAGUUGAUAAAAAAUUAGAUAAAUUAUCAAGAUAAAUAUAAUAAGUUCAUGAUAUAACUAUUUAAUUAGCUACAUCCUAUGAUUUCAUGAAGUUUGGCAAAAAUGUAUUUUAUUCUUUUAAAUUUAGAAAUGUAAUAAUAUGAGUGCUUAUAGUCAAAAAUCAAAUAGUUAUUGUUCAAGAUUGUAAGAUAAAGAAAAUGAAGAAUAUAGUUAAAAUAUUAAACUUAAAGAUUUCUUGGAUUUGGCAUUAAUGUAUAAAUCAUUUUUAUAAUCUAUUAUAGUAAAUUAGGUGAGCAUUUGGCUUAAAUUUAAUAAUUGAAUAUUGAAUUUUAAGUAUCAAAUUUUUAGAAUAAAUCUUCAAGAGAAUUACAAUAAGGUCUUAAAGAAUAAUUGCAUAUGCAUGAAAAUUUAACAAAUUAUUUAAAAAAGGAGUUGAUUUCUAUAAAAAAAGAAAUUACUACAAAUUCUUAGAGAGGAUAGGUUAAAAAAUAUAGUUACAUGCCAAAAAUAAUAUGA